AUGUCUAUGAAAUCAAAGAUAAAAACAUUUUUCGGUAAAAACAGACAAUACGCUGUUGCUGGUGCGAGCAACAAUCCAUCAAAAUUUGGUUACAAGAUUUUGAAUUGGUACAUUUUGCAUGAUCUUCCAGUUAUACCAAUCAACCCCAAAGAACAAGAAAUUUUAGGGAAAGAGGUUGUCUCAAAUGUCUCGGCUAUUAUCAACGCCAUUGAAAAGCAUCAAGAUAUUUCUAAUUACAAAACUUCUGGUGUUGAUGGUUUGAGUAUUUCAUUUUUGACCCCACCUGCCGUAACUGUGGCAACUUUACAAGAAAUUGGCAAAAUUAAUGGCUAUGAUAAGGUUAUUAAAGGUUUAUGGUUUCAGCCGGGAAGUUACGACCAGGAAGUAUUAGAAUUAGCUGAAAAACUUGGUGAAUUUGACAAAGUUGUACACGAAGAUGAAUGUAUUUUGGUCAGAGGGGAAGAGGGUAUGAUUUCUGCCAAUUUGUAA